GGCAAGUUUUUUUUAUUAUGUUGUGAGGCUUGUUAAUCUUCAUUUUUUGCUAACCUUACACUUGUAGAAACUUUGAGGCGAUGAUGAACGUAUUUUCUGACUCGAGCAGUUUUUCUUUUGACGCUGCGCCGACUGACGAGUUUCUUCACCUUCGUGCACGCGCGGCCGGACUGACUUUUUGCGGGUGCGCGCACACUGUUUUCCUGUGUAAAUUGGCCUACUCACUGAGAUGCAGCAUCACAAGACACACAAACAGAGGCCCGCUGGCAUCGGGAGGAGACGGUGACCUCUGUGUUGGGAUACUUGGGAUGGGUCACAUGGGAAAACAGCUGCUCCUCUCCCUCCUUGAAAAAUCUGGCAUCAAACCAUCACAAAUUAAGAUAUCCACUAGAAGACCAGAAUCUGCAGUGGAAUUCAUCCAGAAAGGAGUUGAAUGUUUUUUUGACAAUCGCAGACUGGCAGCGUGGGCAGACGUUCUGUUCCUCUGCUGUCUGCCCUCUCAACUCCCCAAAGUCUGCGCUGAUCUCCACUCUCAUCUGCCAAAACACUGCCUUGUGUACAGCUUCACCUCUGGUGUCCCUGUCACCAGGCUGUCACGGCUUCUUGGACAUGACUUCAUUCUCAAACCACAGUAUGACUUUGUAGCUUGUGAUGCUGGAGAUGUGUGGCUGUCGCGCACUCGUCUGACCCAGGCUUUGACAGGUCCAUUAGAGGCAUCGUGUCCUCUUGCAAUGAGUGGUGGCAUUUCUCUGGGUUGGAACUGGGUGUGUGCAGUGUUGUACAGCCUGCUAAAUAUCUGCACCUCUGCCAGUCUGGGAUCCAGUGAUGCUCUCUCUCUUAUCAACAGCAUCCUUAAAGAGAAACGGCCACACACUGUGGAAUUAAACGCACACAGUUUCAUCAGUGCAUCAUUUGCAUCUUCCCUUACUGCAGAGGAGCCUUUUCCCUGGAUUUCUCUCACUGACACUCAGAUCAAGAAGACACCACUGCUGUGCUUUCUAUCAAGCAGCAAACCUCUGCAACAGUGCAUCUCUGCAGCGUACAAAUCGCUUCUAGGGACACCAGCAAAAUUACCAGUUACUCUCUAACAUAAAACAUAACUGUAUAUUUGGAUGUCCACCAUAGAUGCAGUGCAUUCCUGUGUGUUGCACGUUUUGGUUUGAAAAAUAUAAUCAUAUAUUUCAAUAAAUAG